GACUCCCUGCCCCAUCAUGUCCAGCUCCCUGCUGGCUGGAGGUCACGUGGUCAGCUUGGCUCCCCAUGAGGAAUCCAGGAUGGCCGUGCAUCCAGCCCCCAGCCCUGGCCUCCCAGCACUGUGUCCUUACUACACCACAGAGAGCUGGGGAACCCAGCCUCUGAUGGCCCCCACACCCUGCAAAGGCACCUCCGGCCAGUUCCAGCAGGCCCAGCACGCCGGCCGGUUCCAGCAAGCAGCAGCCAAAGCUCCCUGCCUCCCGCAGCAUCCCGGGGAGCAGGCCUCAGGGACCUCCCAGGACCUCGACUCCUGCAUUGACAUCUCCCUGGAGACCCUCAACCAGAUGAUCCUGGAACUAGACCCCACCUUCCAGCUGCUUCCCUCUGGGACUGCUGGUCCCCAGACUGAGCAUGCCAGCAGCGUCACCUCAAGGAGCAAGAAGGAGGAACCUGAAGCCUUAGAUAUAAAGUACAUCGAAGUGACCUCCACCAGAUCAAGGUGCCUCGAGGGUCCCCAACGCUGCUCCAGCCCAUGUGCCACUCCACCCUUUGGCUCCCCACGCAAUGGCAGCCUCCUCUUCUCCAGAGACAUCCCCCGAGAGACCCGAAGCAGCAGCGAGAGCCUCAUCUUCUCUGGGAACCAGGGCAGGGAUCCCUCUCCCCACACCCCGUCUUCCCUUAGCAACUCCAGCCCCGGCCGGGAAAGCAGGAGCUCAGGCUCUCCACUGGCGACUCCUCCAGGUUGGGAGAAAGGGCCGAGGGCCCCACAGCGGGGCAGCAGGGUCUCCGUGCUGUCAGCCAGCCCCACGUCAGACGUCAGCUACGUGUUUGGGAGCAGUCAGUCCCUCCUCCACUCCAGCCUCUCCAGUUAUCCGUCAUCUUCAAGAUCCUUGGGAAGUCCAGCCAGCUCCGCUUCCAGCCUCCACAGCCUGGACCGAGGGUCCCAGUGCGUGAGACCCAGUGAUGCCCAGGUUCCCAGCAACAACUCUAUACCGAACAUGGUCCAGUCUCAAGUAGCCCACUGUCCUCCAGUAGCCAGGGAGCAGGCCAGUAGCUGCCCCGCAUCUGUCACCAACUCCAUGGUGGACAUACCCAUUGUGCUAAUCAAUGGGUGCCCAGAACCACAGUCUCCCCCAGCCCAGCGGACACUAGGACACCAGGGCUCUUUCCCGCCUGGGGCUGCAUCUCCCAGUCACCCCUGUCAGGCCACCAAGAGCCACAACCAGACUCUACCAGAUGGUCCUCUCACUGCAUCUCCAGAGGGUCCUGCCAAGGACAUGCAGCCCACCAUGAAGUUCGUGAUGGACACAUCAAAAUACUGGUUUAAGCCAAGCAUCACUCGAGAGCAAGCAAUCGAUCUGCUGAGGAAGGAGAAGCCAGGUGCUUUCGUCAUCAGAGACAGUUCCUCUUACCGAGGCUCCUUCGGCCUUGCCCUGAAGGUACAGGAGACGCCGGCAUCUGCCCCAAACCAACCAGGUGAGGACAGCGCUGACCUUAUACGUCACUUCCUGGUCGAGUCUUCAGCCAAAGGGGUACACCUGAAAGGAGCGGAUGAGGAGCCCUACUUUGGGAGCCUCUCGGCCUUCGUGUGCCAGCACUCCAUCAUGGCCCUGGCCCUGCCCUGCAAACUCUCCAUCCCACAGAAAGAACUGGGAGGCGCAGAACCAGCCUUGGACUCCCCCACACACGGCCAGACCUCUUGCCUGAAGAUAUCAGCUGGUUGCCACACGCUGUACCUGAACUCUGUGAGUGUGGAGACCCUGAGCGGAGCCCUGGCUGUGCAGAAGGCCAUCUCAAUCACCUUGGAGCGGGAUGUCCCCCCCACACCUACUUUGGUCGAUUUCAAAGUCACUGAACAGGGCAUCACUCUGACAGAUGUCCAGAGGAAGCUGUUUUUCCGACGACACUAUCCACUCACCACCCUCCGCUUCUGUGGAAUGGACCCUGAGGAACGGAAGUGGCAAAAGUACCACAAGGCUUCCAGGAUCUUUGGGUUUGUGGCCAAGAGCCAGACAGAGCCGCAAGAGAAUGUGUGCCACCUCUUCGCAGAGUAUGACGCGGCCCAGCCAGCUUUCCAGGUCAUCAGCCUGGUGACUGCUCUACUUCAGGACACAGACAGGGUGUAGGAGAAGGGAGUUGCCUGUGUACCUUCCCUGACAUCUCAAGAGACUUGCCCUAGACAUGGAGCUAUGGCCACAUUGACAGACCUGACCGUUGGACCUGAGGAUCGAUCAAGUUGAAGCCUUUGAACCUGCUGUGACCCUCAGCAGUAACCUUCACCCAGCUCUUGGGCCUCCGUCUCUUCAGUUAUAAAAAGAGACCCAUCCACCAGACAGCUGCUCCUCAGAGACUCCGCUGGGAACCUUGACUGUGCUCCUCCAUGCUGCUAAAGCCCACCCACAUCCAAGACUCCCUGUGUAGAAUGCCUGCAAUGACCUCCUGGCUUUGUUAGCUUGAACAUUUCCUACGUGGCAGGUUGAGCCAGGGACCUAUGACCCCGGGCUCAUGGCAAACAGCGGGUGCUGGGUCAGAACCCGUGGGUUUCCGGGUUGGAAGCUGGUAAUGAUGUGUGCAGUUUGGGGACAUGUUCCGUUUCCCUCACACCUGUUUCUUUCCUCUGUUUGCUGGGGAGCCACCUGCCCAGGAUUCUUUUGUUUUCAUUAGGGACUGGGAAUGUAACUCAGUUGAUAGAGUGUUUGCCUGACGUGGCCGAGGGCUAGUCUGGAUCACCAACACCGUAAACUUGGCACAGCGGUGAAUCCUUGAUCAGAAGUUCAGGGUCAUUCUUAGCUACAUAAUGAGUUUGGCCAGUCUAGCGACAUGAGACUGUUGAGAAAAAGUGGACACACACACACACACACACACACACACACACACACACACACACACGGGGGG